GGUUUGUGGCAGUUUGUUGUCAUCUCCAUCCAAUAGUGGACCGUGUUAUUGUGUUGGCACGUCGCUUCUGAUUCUCUCCCCUUUUUCUUUGCGCGUAUAAAUAUAUAUAUUUGAAAUAAGUCCGGUUAGCAAAACGAAACCACUUGAAACGGCCAGAAGAAGAAAGAAACCCGGCAAAGAAAAUAACUGGGCGCGACGCGUGAAGUUGACUGGCAAAAUAUAAAAGCAUGGUGGCAAGUUGGUGGCGGAUGACAAGGAAGACGGGAUAGUUGAUUUCGGCACUUUUGGGCGAGGAUGGGUGCUUGCGGAUAGCGUUUUAACGAGUCUCCCGGAGGUUCGAUGUAAAGUUGAAAGUCAAGCCGCAGGAGAAAGGGGAGUCUCCGCCCGGAGGGAGAAGAAGAGGAUGAGGAGGCAUGACGUCUCGGUCCUCACUGGCAUCUGACUCGCUAAGGCCACUGUUCUACUUUGCUGCUGUAAGGUAGGGCAGCUCCGCUCUGCCUGGGAAGCAGUGACAGACGGACGGACGGACGGACGGACGGACGGACGGAUAGACUGCCCUGUGAAGAGUUCUCCUUUUAAUGGAUGCCAGGGUGUCCUUGCUGCUCUCGUGGACAGCCCUUGUCCUGCUGACAGCGGAAUUGAAAUGGAUAGAUGCUGCAGACGUCUACACCAACACUUGGGCUGUCCAGAUCACUGGGGGACCAGCGGAGGCUGAGCGCAUUGCCACGGAACAUGGUUUCAUCAACCACGGCAAUGUUUUUGGAGAUUAUUAUCACUUCAGUCACCGCGCUGUGGAGAAGAGGUCUUUGUCUGGCCACGAGGGGAUGCACAUCAGACUAGAAAAAGAACCACAGGUCCUGUGGGCUGAGCAGCAAGUGGUGAAAAAAAGGAAGAAGAGGGAUGUCUACGAAGACCCGGCAGACCCUGAUUUUCCCAAGCAGUGGUAUCUGUCUAACCCAACACAUCAAGACCUGAAUACAAAAGCAGCCUGGGCUCAGGGCUACACGGGAAGAGGGGUGGUGGUGACUAUUCUGGAUGACGGCAUUGAGAAGGACCACCCGGACCUCAUCAGCAAUUAUGACCCUGAGGCCAGCUAUGACGUCAAUGAUGGAGACGUUGACCCCCAACCCAGAUACACCCAGCGUAACGAGAACAGGCAUGGGACUCGGUGCGCCGGAGAAGUUGCAGCCGCAGCCAACAACGGCGUGUGCGGAGUGGGCGUGGCUUAUAAUGCUAAAAUUGGAGGGGUUCGCAUGCUGGACGGCGAGGUGACAGACGUGGUGGAGGCUCACUCGCUGAGCCUCAACCCUCAGCACAUCCACAUUUACAGCGCCAGCUGGGGCCCAGAAGAUGACGGCAAGUCGCUGGACGGCCCUGCCAAGCUGGCUAAGGAGGCUUUCCUCCAGGGAAUCACCAAGGGACGCGACAGACUGGGCUCCAUCUUCGUCUGGGCCUCCGGUAACGGUGGACGGGAGCAGGACAGCUGCAACUGCGAUGGCUACACCAACAGCAUUUACACCCUGUCCAUCAGCAGCACCACGCAGUCUGGCAACGUGCCGUGGUACAGCGAGCCCUGCUCUUCCACCCUCGCUACCACCUUCAGCUCUGGAAACCCGGGGGAGAAACAGAUAGUGACCACAGACCUGAGGCAAAAAUGCACAGACUCUCACACGGGGACGUCGGCCUCGGCGCCGCUGGCUGCCGGGAUCAUUGCGCUGGCUCUGGAGGCCAACAUGAACCUGACCUGGAGGGACAUGCAGCACCUCGUGGUGAGGACGUCCCAGCCCGGACACCUCAGCGCCGGAGACUGGAAGACCAACGGAGUGGGGCGCAGGGUGAGUCAUUCGUACGGUUACGGGCUCCUGGAUGCAGGUGCUAUGGUGGAUUUGGCACAGAACUGGACAUCAGUGGGGCUGCAGCACCAGUGUGUUAACACCAUGCUGGAGGAACCAAGAGACAUAGGGAACAAGCUGGUGUUCAGCAAGAGCGUGGAUGCCUGCUGGGGACGGCCGGAGUAUGUCAGCUCUCUGGAACACGUUCAGGCUCGCCUCACUCUCUCCCACAACCAGAGAGGAAAAUUGGCCAUUCAUCUCAUCAGCCCGCUGGGCACGCGUUCCACCUUGCUGUUCCCAAGGCCCAAUGACGUCUCCUCCGAGGGCUUCAACGACUGGGCCUUUAUGACCACCCACUCAUGGGACGAGGAUCCUCAAGGAGAGUGGACUCUUGAAAUAGAAAACGUGGCGGCUAAUGGACGUGACUAUGGUGUGUUGAGUCAGUUCACCCUCACCUUGUGGGGCACCGGACCCAGCGUCAUCAACCCCUCGUCGCCCGACUUCCCCCGGCCGUCCAACAACAGCUGCAAGACGUUCGACGCCCAGCAGAUCUGCAUAGAAUGCAGCCCUGGCUUCUCCCUCUUCCUCCAGGGCUGUGUGAAAUUGUGUCCCCCGGGCUUCACCUCGGGGCCGCAGCUCCUCAACCUCUCUCUGGAGAACUGGGUGGACCUGUCCUCUGUCCAGGCCUGCCUGCCCUGUAACCCUGCCUGCCUCACCUGCUCCGGCGCCGGACCCACAGACUGCCUGUCCUGCCCGCCUCACAGCCACCUGGUCCUCACCUCCUGCCUCCACCAGAACCAGGUCCAGCGGAAGUCUCCGCUGACGGCGGGGCUCCAGCAGGCCGGAGGCGGGGGUCGGCCGGACGGGGAGAUCCCGGCGGCGGCAGACCACAACAACGGAGGGACCGCGGAGCCUCCGGGACUCAGUGUAGCCAUCGUGGCCGUCCUCAGCUGUGCCUUCAUCCUGGCUGCCUUCGUCGGGGUCUUCCUCUUGCUGCAGAUACGCUCAGGUGGCGCCUCUUUGGGGUGGAGGACCAGACUGCCCUCUGGGUAUUCGGACACGAGGGGGAUGCGGGUGGAUUUUGGCUUCGGCUUCCGCCGGGGACGGGAGAGGAAGGCACGGAUAUGCUACAAGGGGAUCCCCACUGUGUGGGCGGACGAGGACACGAUCGCCUACGAGUCUGAAUCAGACAGCGAGGAAGUGGACGGUCACAGCGAGAGGACAGCUUUUAUUAAAACACAGAGCUCCAUUUAGCUGAACCUGCAUCCGCCGUUGUGGUUUCCCGACACCGUGACAUCCCCGGUGUCGUCAGCGUUUAGACGUGAGCUGAAAAAUAAAGGAGAGGCCUUACUGUCCAUUCAGCACCACCCCUUCCAAACGCAUUCAUUCAUUUCUCUCAGUGGUAUAUUUGCAUUUGUUAACUUAUCUUAUUUGAUUAAUGUCAGAUGUAUUUAUUAUUAUUCACUCGAUUCUUUGUCACCAAUCGAAGGUGUUAUGCAACUAUUUUUGCUUAUUUUUUUUCUUUAGCCAGACAAUAACCAACAAGUCAUUAAAGAGCUGUUCCAGAAAAUUAGCAUCGUCCUUCCACUGCAAAUCAAUUGCUUAAAUCAAAGCCAAGAUAUUGGAGGUCUUAGUCCAUUGAAUCCUACAUAUCCCAUCUCAGGCGCUCACUACAAAAUACUUCUGACUCUUAAACUCCAAUCCCAACUCCAAUAGAGCGGUCUCCCAGCCGAGCUCCCCAGCCAGUCAGAUGUCAGAUGUCAUUACGGUUUAUCUUUUCAGACUCGACAAAGCUCCCUCCAGGACCGCACACAUAUCCAUAUUUUCCAGAAGAGACGUAGCUGGAUUUGAUUUGUAAAAAAAACGUGUGCAGGGCCUCUUCAAACUGUAGAAGGAGUCGUUUUUAUCAAACGCGCGUCUGAUUUGUCCAGAAUCCAAGCACCUGGCCGUGAGCGCGGGCAGACUCCUGACAAAUUGCCGGUGUUAUACUUUAUCAGAUCCCCGGCAUAUUGCGUGCCAGGGGUUGUGAAGUUGACUUGCUGUUCAUUAAUAAUAAGAAAACUUUAAAUUGAAGAUUUCUGCAGCUCACUGGGGCAGCAUAAUAAAACAUCCCGCAGGCUGUUUGAUAAGCAAGAAACUGAGAAGGAUGCUGUUUUCAAUCAAGCCACGGUGGGAAUUGCCACUGCAGCAGACGUAUCACUCACAAUAGCUCACUGACUUGGGAGUCGAGCAACGCUGUUUUCUUAUACAUAUAUAUAUAUAUAUAUAUAUAUGUAUGACAUUAAGAAACCACUUAGCCCAAAGCUUCUUGGCUGACCUUUUGCAAUAUUGUCCCUCUUAGUUGCAGCUGGUGAGAAAUAAGAUAAUUUUCUCCCCAUUCUCCCCACAGAGUGCACUGUAUAUUGAUUUCAGGGCUCCUCUCUCUGAACAUCUUCAUCAAGGUGAAGCUCUUUCCCUUUCAGCUGUGAGCACCGCUCAUAAAAAAGACAAAUCCACGCUAUGUUUUCCGUCUACAACGGCGUACAAUUACCGCCACGCGAGCCGAAUCGAACCAUUCGGGGGUGUAAAGGCCAGAAUGGUAACCGUGAUUAAAAACAAACAAACAAAAGAAAAAAAAACGAGGAGAUGUUGAAAUGCAUUUUCUAUGUUUGUUUUAUAUCCUUUUUUUAUUUGACCGAUAAUGGAUGUAAAUGUUGUGGAGAUAAGUUUCAUGCUGGAAUAAAAGAAGAAGUCGUUGGC